UAGGUUCUUAGCAAAGCGAUAUAAAAGUUGUGAGUUUACCUAAAUAUUCAGUAUUCAGUCAGUGAACUAUAUCUCAAUAUCAAAAUGAAGAGCUCUAUUGCGACGGUACUAACUUUACUGCUCCUUGCAGUGCAAGGAAAGGCUUUUACAUCCAGACUUCAACCGCGUAUCGUAGGCGGUAGAAAUGCAAUUCCAGGGCAAUUUCCUUACGCGGUAUCCUUAAGGUAUAAUAACGUCCAUAUAUGUGGUGGUUCCAUAAUAUCUGCUAAUUAUAUUUUAACUGCUGCUCAUUGCGUUACAACUGAAAUUGAUGGCGAAGUUUUCGAUACUGCAUCACGUUGGCUUUCUAUUCGGGCCGGCUCCCUUCACGUAGGAACAGGAGGCGUAGUUGUUCCAGUUUCUGAACAUACCAAAUUUCCUAGUUACUUUGGCAAUUUGGGCGACAUAGCUGUCGUCAGGCUGGCCCAAUCUUUAAAUUUCACUGAACAGAUAAGACCUAUAAAUUUAGCUCAAGCGGAACCACCAAAUUUUGUAAGUAUUGCAGCUGCCGGUUGGGGUCGUUUAUCAGAGGACGGUCCCAGGCCGGAAAUUUUGCAAUACACCUCUAUGAUCAGUUUAUCUCAUAAUGUAUGUAAUAUAUUAAAUCCACUUGUCGACGAAUCAUUCUUAUGCUUGUUACCAAGUCGACGUAAUACUAAUGGUGUAUGCAACGGUGAUUCAGGUGGACCAGCUGUAUAUAAUGAUCGCUUGGUGGGUGUUGCCAAUUACAUUAGUGAAAGCUGUGGUGCACCACAUCCUGAUGUUUUUGCCAAUGUAGCUCAUUAUGCCAACUGGAUUAGAGAAAAUUCGGAUCUUGAAAAUGCCGAUGUGGCAAGUUCCAAUUCAGAAAAUGUUAACUCAGAAAAUUCUAGUACAGAAAUUGGAAAUUUAGAAGUGUAAAAAUCAAUAUAAUGAAAACAAAUAAAUAGCAAAUUGCAGA